CUCCAACUGUCAGUUCCUUAAAUCUUUAGCCUGUUCCAGUCUUGUUCCUGCCAGGAAAGAAGAUUUUGCAAAACCAUAGCAAGAUGUAUGACCAGCAGAAACAGCCACAGUUUCUUCCCUCUUGCGUGAAAGGUUCAGGACUCGGGGCUGCACAAGGUGCAGGUGGUGCCUCUGUGAAAAGCCAGGCUCCAAGCCAGUCCCAGACUGUCCCUGCGAAUGGCCCUGCUCUCUGCCAGGCUCAAACUGCCUUUGUGACAGGGCCUACCUCUGGCCAGCCUCAAACUGUCUAUGUGACAGGCCCUAUUUCCGGCCAAGCUCAAGCCUUCAUGAAUUACCCAGCUUCAGCUCCAGCUCCAACUCAAACCUAUGUGAAAUACCAAGUUCCAUGGCAGACUCAAACCUAUGUGAAGGGCCCAGCUCCUUGCCAGACCAAAACCUUUGUGAAAUGCCCAGCCCCCUGCCAGACAUAUGUGAAGUGCCCACCUCCAUGCCAGAUGACCUAUGUGAAGUGCGCAGCACCCUCCCAGACAACUUACGUGCAAUGCCCAGCUCCGUGCCAGACGACCUAUGUCAAACGUCCAGCUCCCUACCAGACCCAGACAUAUUAUGUCCAGUACCCUUCUUCUGGCCAGACCUACUACUCUCAAGCUUCUGCGAGUGGCUCAGCCUCCCAGGGCUGUGUUCCUGACCCAUGCUCUGCUCCCUGUUCCACCAGCUAUUGCUGUCUCGCUCCCCGGACCUUCGGGGUCAGUCCUCUGAGACGUUGGAUCCAGCGGCCCCAGGGCUGCAACACAGGAUCAUCCGGCUGCUGUGAGGAUUCUGGAUGCUGCGGCUCUGGGUGCAGCAAUUCUGGGUGCUGUGGCUCUGGGGGAUGCUGUGGCUCAGGGGGGUGCUGCUGUUUGGGAAUUAUCCCCAUGAGGUCCCGAGGUCCUGCAUGCUGUGACCGUGAGGAUGACUGCUGCUGUUAAAUACAAAAGGACAGACCUGCUCCGGGAUUCACUACCAGGCUAUGCCCUUUGAAACCUCACCAGCCUUCAGCCCCUUCCCUGUCAUUCUAGCAAUGUAGAACCUCAUCAAUUUCCCUGCACACUUUGCUUCUUUAUCAAGGCAUCCUGCCAGAGUUAGUGCAAAUCCCAAACUUUGGCAAGAAUAAAGCUCUGAAUGUAAAGCA